AAAGACAUCAAGAGUGGUAAUUCUAACUAUCACUCAAGUCAGCAGGCUUACCCUUUUUGUUUAAUUUUGGCAAGCUCCUCUGAGGUUUUCUUCUUUCCUUUCUCAACUAAGGUCAAUUAGUCGAGCAAAAAAGGCUGUCAUCAUGGCAUUAAUGGUACUGCCAUUCAUCGGUCCUCUGUCAGUACUUGAGGGUUUGAUUGCUCUGACUACAGUGUGUGUGGUCUAUCUACUCCUCAAGCAUUUUAACAAAGAGAUCCCUGGAGGCCUUCGUCAGCUGCCGGGCCCCACACCACUCCCCAUCAUUGGGAAUCUACUGGAGCUGGGUAGCAAACCCUACCUGAGCCUCACCGAAAUGAGCAAGCGAUUUGGAGAUGUGUUUCAAAUCCAGAUCGGCAUGCGUCCUGUCGUCGUUUUGAGUGGUAAUGAAACGGUGAGACAGGCUCUCAUCAAACAAGGAGAUGACUUUUCUGGCAGGCCCGACUUGUAUAGCUUCCAGUUUAUCAAUGACGGCAAGAGUUUGGCUUUCAGCACAGACCAAGCAGGGGUUUGGCGGGCUCGCAGAAAGUUGGCCUACAGUGCAUUGCGCUCUUUCUCAAGCCUAGAGGGCAGCAAUGCAGAAUACUCAUGCAUGCUGGAGGAACACAUCUGCAAAGAGACAGAGCACCUGGUCAAAGAGAUAGAAAAAGUAAUGAAGACAGAAGGCAAAUUUGACCCCUAUCGAUACAUUGUUGUGUCUGUGGCCAAUGUUAUCUGUGGCAUGUGCUUUGGACGACGCUAUGACCACCAUGACCAGGAGCUGGUAGGCCUGGUAAACCUCAGUGAAGAUUUUGUCCAAGUGACGGGCAGCGGCAACCCUGCAGACUUCAUCCCUGCCCUGCGGUAUCUACCCAGCAAAGCAAUGAAAAAGUUUGUUGAAAUCAACAACCGCUUCCAGUGUUUUGUUCAAAAGAUCGUCAAUGAGCAUUAUGCCACGUAUGAUAAGGACAACAUCCGUGACAUUACAGACUCCCUUAUUGAUCACUGUGAAGACAGGAAGCUAGAUGAAAAUUCCAACAUCCAGAUGUCGGAUGAAAAAGUAGUCGGCAUCGUCAAUGAUCUCUUUGGAGCAGGUUUUGACACAAUCUCUACUGCUCUGUCCUGGGCAGUGGGGUAUUUGGUGGCCUACCCAGACAUAGAAAAGAGACUUUUUGAAGAAAUAAAGGAAAACAUCGGCCUGAAUCGAAAUCCUACCAUAUCUGACAGAAGCAACUUGCCUUUAACGGAGGCCUUUAUCUUGGAGAUCUUUCGCCAUUCUUCAUUUCUCCCUUUCACAAUUCCACACUGCACAACAAGGGACACAUCUCUGAAUGGUUACUAUAUUCCCAAAGACACGUGUGUCUUUAUCAACCAGUGGCAAAUAAACCAUGACCCGAAACUGUGGCAGGAUCCAUCAUCCUUUAACCCAGAUCGUUUCCUGAGUGAAGAUGGAAGUGAGGUUAAUCGGCUAGACGGAGAGAAAGUGAUGGUUUUUGGUCUGGGAAAGCGGCGUUGCAUUGGGGAGGUCAUAGCACGAAAUGAAGUUUUCCUCUUUUUGGCGAUCAUGAUUCAGAAAUUGUGCUUUGAGGAGAUGCCAGGAGAGCCUUUGGACUUGACCCCAGAGUACGGGCUCACAAUGAAGCACAAGCGCUGCAACGUAAGAGCAUCACUGAGGCUAAAGGAUGGACACUGAAGCUGCUCAUAAUCCAGCAUUUAUGACUUUGAAGUCAGCACAUGUUGACUGUGACACUUUAGGAAAAAGCCACCAUAAUCUGUGUCAGAUUCGAUGGCAUUACAGGCAUUGAUGCAAAAAAAGUUGUAAAACAUUGCUCAAUGAAACUGGUAAGAAGUGUCUAGAAAUGUGUCAAUUCGUGUGGUUUGGGUCAAUCAACAGUCUUGGGUCAAUCAACUGAUGCUUUGAAGGCACCCAAAAGGAGAAAAAAGAAACAGAACAACUCAAAGCAAAGCUUGUUCAGUUUGGGGACAAAACAUACAAAUUGCUAUUAACAGCACUGCAGCCUAUUGGCUAUUUGUCUGUAAAGACUCUGAAGUAAACAGAUAUUACGAGUAAGCUAGUUUUUAUCUUUUAUUAUGUUGUAGAUAUCAACACUGAAGCUACAUUUUUAUCCCAAAAUGUGAUUUUUGUUUUUUGUCUGUCAAGAUCACUAUUUUAAAUGACUGGUUUGUGUAUGAUGUACUUGCUGUAUUUUGCUUUUGAAUACUUUUCUAUACCAAAACAUGAUUUACCAGGGCAUUUUAAAUGGCAGUUGUAUGUUUUAAAGGGCUAUAAAAUAAACUUGUCUAACGUGUCACUUA